AUCAAACAACAACCAAAGAAAAAACAAACCAAAAGUGUAUUUAUUGAUUCACGAAAGAGCAAAGCCAAGGAAGAGACAAAACCCACCGAGGCUGGCUAUAUAUCACAGGGCAAGGUGGAGUUGUGGACUGAACCACACACACAGAGAGAGAGAGAGAGAGAGAGAGCUGUGUGUGUUUAGGCUAAAGUUUAGACCUUUUUGCCUUUUGUGCUUUGUGCAUGGGAGGAGAGAUGGAGUUUUCGGAAAUGGUAGAUGAGGAGAACAGCAGUGGCGAAUCUGGAUGGACCAUGUACCUCGAUGAUGCCUUCAAUGGAAAUGAGCAUUCUGGUGUUGUUGAUGAUUUCCACGAGAGAGAUGAUGACGAUGAUGAUGAUGAUGACGACGACUCGAUGGCUUCUGAUGCCUCUUCAGGGCCAAGCAACCAGCUUCAAAGGGACAACACAAAGCAUGCAGCUGCAGAGAACAGUUCCAAACAACAAGUGAUCAUACAUCAACAUCAUCAACUGACCGAGAAGGCGAAGAAGAAAUCAUCUGCAGAUGAAAAGAAGAAGUCACUGCUCAACGCUAGGACAAGAACCACUGCAGCUAGCCAUGUUCAAACCAGAAACAAGAUGAGCAAGACCACUUGAAGGUACCGCCAGGUU